CAGCUGGGCUGAGAGGAGACAACCCCGGCGGGCAGCGAGCGGAGCGGGCCGGGCGCCUGGGGCUGCCGGGCGGGGGCUCAGGGCAGCGGCGGCCGCCAUCGCCAGCGGGAGCCCGGCGCGGGCGGCGGCGCUGCUGCCUCCGGCACCGCCGGGGGGGCACAGGGCCCCGCUCCUCCGCCCCUCGCCCCGCCGCCCCCCCCCGCCGCCCCCCCUCGCCCCCCCGGCUUCCCACCACGGCCGCUCUCGGCGAGGAAACUCUGGCCUCCGCUUCCUCCUCCUCCGACUCGGACACCGGCGGAGCCUCCCCGCCCCCGCGGAAGAAAGCCCGGGCCUCGCCGGCGGCGGCGGUGGAGGGAGCAGGAGAGCCCGGGGCUUCCGCGGGCAGAGCAGGCCUCACCUCGUCCCAGUCCCCCUCGCUCCCCGCCGCCGCCCCGCUCCGCGGCAGCAGCAGCAGCAGCGGCGGCAGCGCCAUGCAGGCCAACGGGGCGGGAGGCGGCCAGCAGCAGCCGCCGCCGCCGGCGGAGCUGGACUGCCUGGGCGCCCAGAACGGCGAGGCCUCGGCGGGCUCGGCCGUCGGCGACCAGCUGGCCCACGCCAACGGGCUGCUGCCCGCCGCCACCCCCGGCCCCGGCGGCGGCCCCGGCCCCGGCGGCCUCAGCGUCAACAACGGUGUGCCGCCUGCCGGCGGGCCCGGCCCGGCCAGCGCCGAGCUGGGCGGCGGCGGCAGCGCCCUCAAGAAGAAGAAGCGGCUCUCGCAGUCCGACGAGGACGUGAUCCGGCUCAUCGGGCAGCACCUCCACGGCCUCGGCCUCAACCAGACUGUUGAUCUUCUCAUGCAAGAGUCAGGAUGUCGUUUAGAACAUCCUUCUGCUACCAAAUUCCGCAAUCAUGUCAUGGAAGGAGAAUGGGAUAAGGCUGAGAACGACCUGAAUGAACUUAAGGCCUUAGUGCAUUCUCCGCAUGCAAUUGUGAGGAUGAAGUUUUUGCUGCUGCAGCAGAAGUACCUGGAAUACCUGGAGGAUGGCAAGGUCCUGGAGGCACUUCAAGUUCUACGCUGUGAACUGACACCACUGAAAUACAAUACAGAACGCAUUCAUGUCCUCAGUGGGUAUCUGAUGUGUAGCCAUGCAGAAGACUUGCGUGCAAAAGCAGAGUGGGAAGGGAAAGGAACAGCUUCCAGAUCUAAGCUUUUGGACAAACUCCAGACAUACCUACCCCCAUCAGUGAUGCUUCCUCCAAGGCGUUUACAGAAUCUGCUACGUCAGGCUGUGGAGCUACAACGGGAUCGGUGCCUAUAUCAUAAUACCAAACUAGAUAAUAAUCUAGAUUCUGUCUCGCUGCUUAUAGACCAUGUUUGUAGUAGGGGUCUGAGAUCAGUAUGUGGUGCGCUGUACAUGCUGCAAUGCUUGGGCAUAAUGAGGAAACAGUUCCCGUGCUACACACAGCAGAUACUUACGGAGCACUGUAAUGAAGUGUGGUUCUGUAAAUUCUCCAAUGAUGGCACUAAACUAGCAACAGGAUCUAAGGACACAACUGUUAUUAUAUGGCAGGUUGAUCCCGAUACUCAUCAGCUAAAACUGCUUAAGACAUUAGAAGGUCAUGCGUAUGGGGUCUCUUAUAUUGCUUGGAGUCCAGAUGACAACUAUCUUGUUGCCUGUGGCCCAGAUGAUUGUUCUGAACUUUGGCUCUGGAAUGUACAAACUGGGGAGCUGAGGACAAAGAUGAGCCAAUCUCAUGAAGACAGUUUAACAAGUGUGGCCUGGAAUCCUGAUGGGAAACGCUUUGUAACAGGAGGUCAGCGUGGACAAUUCUAUCAGUGUGAUUUAGAUGGUAAUCUCCUUGACUCCUGGGAAGGGGUGAGAGUACAAUGCCUGUGGUGCUUGAGUGAUGGGAAAACUGUUCUAGCGUCGGACACACACCAGCGAAUUCGGGGUUAUAAUUUUGAGGAUCUUACAGACAGGAACAUAGUACAAGAAGAUCACCCUAUUAUGUCAUUUACUAUUUCAAAAAAUGGCCGUUUAGCUUUGUUAAAUGUAGCAACUCAGGGAGUUCACUUAUGGGACUUACAAGACAGAGUUUUAGUGAGAAAGUAUCAAGGUGUUACACAAGGAUUUUACACAAUUCACUCGUGUUUUGGAGGUCAUAAUGAAGACUUUAUCGCGAGUGGCAGUGAAGAUCACAAAGUAUAUAUUUGGCACAAGCGUAGUGAGCUGCCAAUUGCGGAGCUGACAGGGCACACGCGUACUGUUAACUGUGUGAGCUGGAACCCGCAGAUUCCAUCCAUGAUGGCCAGCGCCUCUGACGAUGGCACUGUUAGAAUAUGGGGACCAGCGCCUUUCGUAGACAACCAGGAUAUUGAAGAGGAAUGCAGUAGCAUGGAUAGUUGAUGGCGAAUUUGGAGCAGACGACUUCAGUUUAACUUAAUUAGUCGUAUUUUAAAUGGCUUGGGAUUUGGUGCAAACAAACAUGAUUGAUAGCUGGACAGACAUGCUCGUCAUGAAAAAGAACCAUUUCUGAAGCCCGAUUGGGGCCAAACAUUUACCACCUUGCUUCAUAGUAACCAGUCGAGAUGAAGCACGUCGUUAGAACGUUGUUGGACACCGUGUUGAAAUUACCCCCCCCAUCGGUUGUGAAGAACUGUGCUACAUUCAGGCUAACCAUUGAACUCAGUAUAUAUAUUUUUCCCUCCUGCCUUUUUGUCUGGCAGGCUACUGUUCUUGUUGCUCUUCUGUGUAAUGAAGUUUAAAUGCUUGUUUGGAACACUUUAUUUAACAGUUUAGAAGGCUUGAUAGAAAGAGUGCUUUAGUCUGAAGAGUAUACAUUGGAUAGGAAAGUAUUUCCUUCUCUUGUUUCUCAAAUCUCUCUCCGCCUUACUUAGCUUGAGAUCUUUGCAGCUUGGUUCAUGGAUUCUAGCCUUGCCCGUUGCGCAGUAUAUAUAAAUUGAGAUGAUAAACCAAUGAACUAUGUCAAAAGCACUCUCAAUAUCACAUUUGACAAAAAGUUUUGUACUUUUCACAUAGCUCGUUGCCCUGCAGAGGGGUUAACAGCACAAUUUUUUAAAAAUAAAUUAUUUAUAGGAUUAAAACGACUUCAUUUGUAUACAUUUGGAAUUAAAACAAUGUGAGAAGUGUUGUGAAAUGCAGUAUCACUGAUGCUCUUUCAGAGUGUCGUAAGACCCAUUCAAAAGCAGUGGCUGGAAGGAGCUUUACGUAGGCAGUGAAACUUGUUCUAGAAGGAGAAACUCACUGUUCAUCUUAACAAACUGUGUUAUUUAGAAGCAAAAGCAUUCAGAGCACACCACCAAACUAAGACUUUAAACAGGACAAGGUUUUUUUCUUGUUUGUUUUUAAGACUACAUAAAUACAAGCAACAAUGCUGGUAAAAGGCAGACUACACCUGGAGGGAAGAGUUGACAUUUUUUAAAGUAGUCAACAUCCAAAUCAUAAUUCAGCACUUGUGUUAUGAUUGAAAACUUUAUUAUUUGAUAAACAAAGAUGUAUAGGUUUUCUUUUUCAGAAUAUCCUUUUAAGUUUACAGCUUUAAAUGCCUCUCCUAGACCUUGCUGAAAGUUGGUGCUGUGAACAUCUUGACACAUUUAGGAACAGUUCCACUAAUAUCCCAUGUUUAAAAGGAGAAAGACACUUAUAACUUAAGUAUUUAUUCUGCUCAGAAUAAACAGAUGGCCUGGCAUCCCUGUGCUGCUGCACUAGGCAAAUGCAUUAUGGAAUGGUAUUGGACUCCCUCUGCCUGCGUUGAGUAGAAAAGUUGUGUUGGUGCUGCUGUGAAGUAAAGAGGGAGCAGGGAAAGGCACGUCACCGAGAGUGAUAGCAAGAAAAGUGUGGACUGCAUCCUUAAAUGAGACAGUAAACCUAGUGUCCUUGUUAGUGAUGUGUGGAAGAAGGGUGGGGGAAGGUUCGCCAGAGAUCCUGGGAAGAGAAGCGUAGCCACUUUGAAUGGGAAUGUGGUGUUUAACAUAAACAGUCCCUUUUUGCUUUCCUGGAAAAACAAAGUGAAACUUAGUGGGUUAGAUUUUAGAUUCCAGCCAUCAGGUGGGUUUUUUCUUGCCUUGGGUAUAAUCUGAAACAUGGUUUAAGGUUCCAAUAUUCUUGUUGAGACCAGCCCUGAAUCUGACAUAUUCCUGUCUGUCUUGGUACUUCCAAAAUGAAGCAAGAGCUUCACGUUUUUAUCUUUAAUCUAGUUCAUUUGUCUUAAACAUCUUAAGGUGAAUUUCUUAGAUAGCAACUACCAUCCCACAGGACUGGGUAUACAUGUAUAAACUUAGAACGAGGACCUGAUGUGUAGCCUAUUGGCUGACUUUAGAGGCAAUUGUUUGCUUCUCCUGUUAGUUGGCAGCAUUUCUGACAGCGUAAGAUGAGUCUUGGUCCUGUGGCGUUGGUGUUGCAGGGAAAUGGACAGCUUUCCUAAUGUCAAAUUCUAGUGAGCUAAACCUCUUGGUUUUAAAUAAACAUUGAAUACCUAAAUUGUAAAGAGUGUUUUAUAUAUUCAAAAUGUGGUACAAUUCAUAAGAAGUGCUAGUGUGUGAAUCUUUGGAAAUUACCCCAGUAUACUCUUGCUCUGGAACAUGGUUUUUAAACAAAACAUUAUUUACAGAGGGGAACAAUCCUAUUUUUAUUUUUAUUUUUUUGGUUGUCCCUUAAAUACAGUGGUCUGGCACUACUUGCUCACUCCAUACUCAUGGGACUUCAGAGGGAACUUCAGGCAGGUAGUGAAGGCUGGGUCAAAUCUCAAGCUUCGAUUUGAAGUGUAAUAUGCACUUGAACAGGCAUUUUAAUGUGGUGGCCAUACACAAAACAAAGUGAGUCUUUACCUGGUAAAAGCUGUGUGGGAGGAUGUAUUAGAGGAUACCUACUUUCCACUGCAGUGUAUUGUAACCAGAAGUUUAAACUUAAUACUUUUGCCAAAAUACUGCCCCUCUGUUCUGGGGCUUCUCUUCUGGACUUAGUAUGUACCUCUAAAAUACACUUCAGGUAUUUAGAAGCAGAGUUUGGGAGAAGCACAUGUUCUGCUAUCUCUGCUUGAGUUUAGUUUUGUGGCACAGCAAUGCAAUAUAAAGGAGAGCUCCUUGAAUCAGAUAGAUGGCACCAUUUCCAGAGUGUCUAAAUAACAGCAUAUUGCAUAGAUAUCUGUUUCUUACAGGUGAUGAGCAAAGAAUGAGAAAGGUGAGACUAGUCUUCAUGUUGCCACAGCACUUGGUCCCACAGUAAACUUGCAUUAUGGAUCUGGUGGUAAUGAGUACCACCAUUUUAACUUCGAGAUUAAAGAGAAACUUAAACUGUUUUUAACAUGUCAGAUAUUCACAAUGUGUGAACUGAAAAGUACCAAUACUUUUUGCGCACAGACUAAAAUGAGACUAUGGGGGAAAAAUUAAUACAUUUGCUCGUUUGCAACAUGUUGCUUUCCAUGUGCUUAAAAAUGUUCAUAGGCUGGAGUCUAAGGUUGAAACAAGUACACAUCUGCAAUAAAUUACUGUAUUUCUAGUAAACAGACCUAUGAUUUUAGAGAGGAGAAUAUUGUAAGCGUGUACUUCUUUUUUUUAGCCUUUUUGGUAAGCUAGUAGCUACAGGUUAUUGGCAAGGUGGAUCUUUAACAAGUUAUGCUGAAGCAUUUUAUUUAUCUGAAUGUUCUUUAGCUGUUCAGGUAAGUAAUUUUCAAGGGACAACAGAGCAUGAAAGGGAAAAGCAGUGAUGAUAGAUCUGUCCGGGGUGGGGGGACGGAGGGAGGGAGGGCAGGGAGGCACGAUGGACGCAGGACACUUGUUUCAGAUUCCCUCUGUCUUUUCGAAAGUUCUCCAACUUAAAAGUUAACAACUUCUUAGGAUUAGAGCAAAGACACAAGCUAGAAACCUAUCCAGGUGUUGCCAGUUACUUCUCAACUUGGUUUCAAGCAGGUAAUAUUUAAUAAAACUCAAUUUGCUCUUGGGAGUUUGUGUCUAGUUGUAUCUCCUUACGCUGAUAAAUGAUGCUCCCACCCAUAAUCAAUUUUCAAGGCUUCCUUAGUAAGAUAUUUCUUCAUGGAAACCAGGACUCUUAUAAUUAGCCCUAAUUUUAGGGGAGAUGUUGUAGACCCAAAUGGGGAGGGAGGUAGAGGAAGAGGAAUGCAUACAAAAAAGCAGGAUUUGCUGGCCAACAAACUACUGUAACUUAAGGGGGAGGAGAAAAAAUGCACUUUCAAUAGCUUGUCCACAUCUUUAGCCCUGAAAUACAUGUGUGUUUUGGGUUUUUUUGCUUUGUUUUUUUUUGACAACUAUUAAGGGGAACAUCCAUCCUAUAACUGGGCAAACCUCCUUUUUACCUCCUCCUCCUCUUUUCCACAUUGGCUGGAGUCCAUUUUCAGCUGCCAUACUUAAUUUUGAAAACUGCUACUUUUAAUGUUUAGAAAAAAAUCUCAUUCUCUGACACUUUUUUAAACAGGGUGGACUUAACUGAAGUGUGCAGUUUUGAACUACUGCUGCAGUAGCUGCCUCUAGUUGUUAAAAUAAACUGUAGGCAAGUUUUUUGUCUAUUAAUCCAGAUUAUCUGGAUUCAACAAAACGUCUGUGAGUGUUCCUUCCACCUGGUAUGAAUGUGUGUGUGCAUGUGUGUGUGUUACACAAACAGACAUAGAACCAAACGUCUAGGUACUUGUCAUGUUUUAUCGCAUACUUUAAGUCGUGUGUAUGUGAAGUGUCCUUUGAUCUGAAGCUUUUGGUUAAUAUCAGUAUAUUUUUAUAAAUUUGAAAUUCAUUGUGCCCCAUCUUUUUCUUAAAUGUUUUUCAUUGUUAGGGUAACGUGCUAGAUUUGAAUCUUAACAUUUUUAGGCACAGAUGGAAAAAGUCAUUGGCUCCUUGAAAACAUAUGGGACAAAAUGGAUCCUCAAAGCAUGUAUGUACUUACAAACCAAGCUGUAGAGAUCAAGAAAAGAACUUUACUGUUGAUCUCAAGAUUUCUAAAUUGUCAAGAUUUAUAUGGAGUUGUGGUGGAACUAGUUAACACUUAGAGCUUUUGGUAUGUAAUGACUAUUUGCUAUGGACUGAUAUUAAAUGUUUCAAAGGAUUGCGUUCUUAAACUUUCUGGAUUUUUGUUACUCUCCUCAGAUUAUAUUAAGUAGUUAAAAUUUCUUUGCUAUAUUACAUUAAAAACAUAAGAACUUUGGGUCUCGUA